AUGGGCCAAUCUGCCGAAAGUGUGACUUAUGACCUGUUUUGGAGAUAUCCGGGGUCCUAUUUAAAGCAAAAUAUUAAAGAAAUUAUAACAAGACGUUUUUUUAUGGAUGCUGAAGAAUUACAAUUAAUUCUUAAGCCAAUAAAAGAAGCUAUCAAAUAUCUAGAAAUGAAAAAUGCAACAUUAGCAGAUUCAUUUAAUAAAAGGUGGACACAGUUCGAUUUUAGGUUAUAUAUGUUAGCCUAUUUACUUCACCCAUUAUACCAUGGUAAAGGAUUCCGAAAUCAAGUAUGCCGAAAAGUAGUUUAUUGGGCAAUCGAAAAUAUAUGGAUAAAAAUGGACGGUAGAGAAAAUUCCAGUUCCAAAUUAAUCGGACAAAUUGCUGCUUUUCGUAACAAUCUUCCUCCUUAUAAUGACGAAUUUAUUCCUAAAUAUUAUACAGUUGAACAUUGGUGGAAUUACGUAGAACAAGAUGAAGGAGAAGAAAAUUUUAUCCAACAACUUGCAUUAAAAGUAUUUUCAAUAACUCCACAUAAUGCAGGAUGCGAGAGAAUAUUUUCAGUAAUGGGCUGGUAUAUAAACAAAAGGAGAACUCGAUUGAGCGUAAAUCAUUUACAAAACCUUACGAAACUCCACACAUACUAUGUUUCAAAUGCGAAAACUGAAUUAAAGUAUACUGCUAAAGAUAUGAAUGCUAAAAAUGAUGAAGAGUUUUAUCAAUUGGUACGAAAUGGUAUAUAUCAAAAUAUUAAUGAUGAAAUUGAAGAGAAAGAAUUUGAUGGUGAAGAUGAAGAUUAUGAUGAUACAGAAGACGAACUUGUUGAUAUAGAUGAGUACGAAAAAUUUGGCUAUAAAAAUAAUGAUAAUGUUUUACAAAAUGAAAAUUAUUUUAAUUUUGUAUCAAGGGAGUUAGUGGAAUUAUUAAAACUUCAGGAGCCGCAAGUAAUUAUUGAACCUGUAAAUAGUGAUCAUAUUAUUGAUCACGGUAACAAAAAUUUCGAUAUAGAAGAAUUAUUAGACCAACAAUUUAAUGAUGAUGAUAAUGUUUAG